UUCACAAUUUAACAGUCGGCGACUCAACAUCUCGCGCUCGGUCGUAUUUUUGUUGUUGCACGAUUCGUGUCGGUUUGAUUGCGUUUCCCUUCUGUGAUCCUCGGCAAACGGGUUGAUCGUCCAUCGGAACGGGAAGGAAAAUUCAAAUAAUCCCUCACUUCACGUGCCCGACACGUUCGCAGUGCUUUCGUGUCCGGUGAUUCUGGUGAUCGCGGUGGCUGGUGGUGAAAUCAAAAGAUUACUUUGCCGACUCGGCAACACUCGACCAGUCGGCGGGUUCGUUGGUGUAAACGUGUUAAGCCUUUCUGGGCAAUCAACAAAAUUGCGACACACUGCUCCGUGAGGUGUUCAAGAGCCCCAAUCGAGUGAGUUCUAGCGGUGGCCGUGUAUGAAGUGUGCACGCGGUUGCAUGUGAACCAAGUGCGUCGAUCGUUCGGUGGGUGAUUAUAUUUGAUCCUGGUCUUCACAGAUUCCGAGUUGAGUGCUGAAUAUCGUGCAAAGUGUGUUCGGUUAAAGGCCUUCUUCCGUACAGAGCAUCCACAAAGUGAUCUACAAAGUGCUAAUUCUAGUGUCGGUUGCAUGUCUUUCGUGGCUCUAGUGCUAUUCCAUAAUAUAGCAGCGUCAUAUCACAGCCAGACGACGAUCGAGGCAGCUUCAGUCACGGAUCAGUAACCGCCCAGUACCCAGAGUUCUUGAUCGUGCCAACAACCAACGGCAACCAACAGGAGGAGAGUAGCAGCCAACGGAAGAUGAGGAGCUGAGCUUAAGGUGCCGCGAUGGAGCAGAACAUUUUCGAUGUAGCGGAUGACAUUUCGUUCCCUUGGCUGCCGGCGUACGCCGAGGCAACGGAAGCGAACGCUGGCCACGGCAAUGGCAACGCGAGCCGCAUGCUCGAGACGAUCGUCGAGGAAACGUCCGACGAUGACGAUAAGGAUCAACGCUGCGGAUCGACGGAAUCGGAGGACGAUGAUGAGGACGAGGAGCAUCACCGAGAGGAGCAGGAGCACCAACAGCAACAGCAACAACAGCAGCCACUCAGCUGGUCACAGUACGAUCAUGUCUGGAGUUCCGGUGGCUCGGACGCGGAAUCGGUGAUCCGCGUCGAAACACCUUCCGAUCAAGACACAAUGUCGGAGCGCGAUUUCAUCUGUCCUCCGAAGCGUCGGAAGCAGGAAUCGUUCGGUGACGGGGAGUUCCUCUCGUCCGAGCUGUCCAUCUACGGGCGCACGAUCAUGCGGCCCCGCAUCGUCUGUGAACCGCCUGCGAACGAUGCGCUAGAAACGCAUGAAUAUUUCAUGAAGCGACACAAUGAACCAAGGUUACGAUUCGACGAGAUUGGCCACGAUCUAUUUACGGACUCCGAUAGUCUAUCGUAUGCGUCGCUAAGCCGAUCCUCCUCGCUGAUACAGUUCGAAUCGUUGGAACGCCAGCUGCAGAGCGAGUCCGUGGCCCAUCAGCAUCCCCUGUCCGGAUCGUCCCCAUCGCUCUACUCAUCCGAAUCGUCGUCCCAUGUCACCGCCACCGCCGGUGGCGACGCUACCAACACCACCACGCGAGGUCCCACCAGCAACAGUAGCAACGGUGGUGGCAGCGAGGUACCAACGGCAACGGCAACAGCAGUACUCAGCACGUUCUACGGUGGUGCGGUGGUAGCACCGGUACGUGGCAAGAGCGCUGGCACGGGAAGCAGUAGCCAGCAGUCGGGCAGCAACCUUCUAACGACAUCGAACCUCAUCCAGAAGAGCAUCGGCCAGUCGACGGCCCUCAACAUUAGCGAUUCCGAGCUGUACUCCACGUCCUCCAGUGUCAGUAGUACCAGUAGCAGCAGCAGCAGUGGCAGCAGUGGACCGGCCAGUUGCCCCGAAAGUAACGCCAGCAGCACCGGCAGCAGUGGCUACCGGUACGCAAGUGAUGAGUGUGGUGGCCAUCGUGCCAUCGUCGGUGAACGAACGCCGGGUGUGGAAUCAUCGUCCUCACCGGAUGAUACCGGUGAUACGGAGGAGGAGCUGCUGAGUGCUUCGGUGCGCGAAUCGACGCGUGGUUCGUCACGUUGGCGCCGUCAUCCGGGUCCACCACCGGGCCACCGGAGUAAGAACUCGAUCGACAGCCUGAGCGAGGACAGUGGUUACUGCGAUCUGCGUUUGGUGAAAUCGAAAAGUCUGACAAACUUUGGGUCCGCCGAGAACGUGAACUUCCUGCUGUGCGGAAGCACUCAGUUGCCUCCCGUGUCCUCGUUGACGCUGAUGCAGCAGCAUCAUCAACAUCAUCAUCAUCAUCAUCAUUACCAGCAGCAUCAGCAGCAACCGUUGAGUAUGGAUUAUAUCGGGUUCGCGCCGGCGUCGGUGGUGCCCGAACCAACGCCACCCUCAUCGCGCCAUCAUCGUCUCUCCACCGUCUGUGACGUCGAUGAGGAGGAUGACGGUGAAGGAGGGGACCACUACAGCCAACGCUCAAACGACGCGGGAUGCAUUUCCGCGGGCACGAAAACAAUUGAUUGGCC